AUGGAAUUUUCUAAUGCACUUAAGACAAAAGGAAAUGCUCAGGGAUGUCAAGCAAUAAAAAAAUAUUCAUCAUCAUCUUAUGACGAGAGAAUAAAGUGGAGUCAAACGAAAGUGAGUGGAAUGAGCAGUAAAACAAAAGGCGAAAUGUGUGGAAUUGCCGCCACUACGAUGGGAGAAAUUAUGGAUGCUAAUGAUGUUAUUAAACAUUGUAUUGGAAACAAAUUAAAUUCACUUUUACAAUUUAUGGGCUUAAUGGGCUUAAAUGAAAGAAGCAAUUCUGAUGUCAAACAUUUGAUGCCAUCAGUUCAACAUGCUUCUGUUGUUGUUAUUGUUCAUAAAGCAUUUGAGUGCGGGAAUGAAUUUAUUGGAGGUAUCAGUUUUAUUACGCUUUUAUUGCACAUGAAAAGAAAAGUAUUUGACAAUCUACUAGUUGUAGAUACAAUAACUGCAGUUCUAAGUAUAUUGCAUGAAGUUGAGAAGAGAGAUGAAAAUGGAAAUGGAAAUGAGAAAGAGCAUAAAAGCAGCCAUCACAUAAUGCAGCAUAAAUAG